ACACAUGCACACACUUAAACUUCCCUCCCCAAUCAAAACUUGUUUCCUUACAUUGUUUUAAAGAGAAGUUUCCACCCUGAAACAUGAUACUAAGGAUGAAAGUCUCUCACUCUGCAACAGCUUAUGUGUUGUAUAUCUCUCUCUGUUGAGUAUUUUUACUAGGGGACGAGACAUGAUGCCUGGAAAACUUUGACCUUUCCCUUGCAAGAUUCCAGCCUGGCCUGGGACAGUGGAGGUGUGGCAUACAGUCGGUACAAAAUGGAUAACAAAGGAUAUGCCUGGCAGUCAAUUAUAAAUCGAUGGUCACAGACUUAAUGAAAUGGGCACUGAGAAAAAUGGACUGCAAGCAAGAAAGUUGUGCUGAAACUUCCAAUAUGUGAAAGCAAUUGACCUAAAGCAAGCAUUUUCACUGUAAACAGUGGACAAGAGACACUUUCCCCUUCGCUGGGAAGGAUAUAAACUGCCUGGACUGGAGAAGAUUAAGUUCUGGUUAAACAGAAUGGAUGAGGUGGAGAUGCCCACCAUGGACUGGGAGGCACUGGAGAACUGCAUUGCUGAGCUCCAGAUGAGAGAGAAGGAAAAAGGAGCCACUCGUGGCAGCCACAACAGAGGGGCAUCCACAUAUUCCAUGAUAGAGGGUGAAUCAACAAGAGUACGUGUACAAAUAGAUGACAGCUAUGACGAUAAUGAAAUGACGAGAAGGAUAAUUGCACUUACCUCACGCCGCCAAAGCAAGAUGAACUUACAAUUGUGCUUCAUCAACGAUAGCAGCAGUGAUCAGGAGAGUGAAACAGAAGAUACAACGUCCAGUCAAGCUGCAGAAGAAACUCAGCAGGUAUCAGAUGAAUCAUGCCAGGAAUCUAGUCAUCCAACUCAAAGCAAGAGUUUUUCAGAAAAGAGAAAAGAGCUGAAGAUGGAGGCUGAAAGGUUACUCGCUGAAACCAAAAAACAGAUGAAGCAGAAUGAAAGAACGGCAAAGGAAACAUGCGUGGCACUGCUGACAAAAUCAUUUGGUGAUGAGAUUGCUGUUGAUGAGAAAAAACAAAGACUGGAACACUCAGACCUUCAGAAAAUGACAAUGAAACAAAUAGAAAUCAUGAAGGACAGUAUAACUGCAGCAAUUCAGAAUUUGAACACAGAACUAAUGCAGCUGCUUCUUACAAGGGAUGAACUAAAGAUGGAACAGGAUGCCUUCCUGCUGGAGAUGGAGGACUGGGCAAAGCUGGAAGAAUCCCAGCAAAGGCAUUCAUGGAGGAAAGAAGAAAAGUGAAACCAAGAAGUAAAUGGCAAAAAGUCUUUAAGAGCAGUGAACUAUGUGACAAACUUUUUACACCCUUGCUGUGACCUGUACCACAGUUAGGGAAGAUACGGGCUCUCUAAGCUGCUCUGAGUCAAACGUUUUUACAGACUGCCUUCCCACACCUACAUUCUCUGACUAAUAGUGCAAUCGGAAUAUGGCUUAGCACCCUGAGGGGCUUGACAAGGUCAUGGUGUGCAAUACUUUAUGGGACAAAGCCAGCUUGUGUGUCUCAACUCUUUACAUGUCUGGACUGAUUCCUUCAACAAAACAGAUUAUGUACACAUGGUCAGUAUUGUACUGUUCAAAGAAAAGGCACAACAAACACCUGCAAUUAGUAUAUUAGUCUUCAGGCAUCUUCAUAUAGUGCUGAACUCAUUCUCAAGCAUUUGCCAAAACACUGUUAUACUUACGGUUUCAGCUACCUCUGUUAUCCUGUCCUUUCUGCUGAUUCUCUGCUGUGCAGGAAGCCAGACAGUAUGACUUCCCAAUGCAGCCAAAGGCACCAAAUAAUGGCAAAUCAUCUUACAGGUAACACAGAAGAUGUCUGCUUCUCUGCUUGCAGAUUAAUGUUCUGAUUGUGAUGUUUGAAUUUGCAUGGUAUCAUUCCUGCAGGCUUGAAAGUAGCUGAUGAGUGGAGUUCAAUUGCUGUUGACAGUGGAAUGCAAUAAAGUUCUUGCAAGAAGUCAAGAAUGUACCAUCUUCUAUGUAGUCAUUCACAAACUAGAUCAUGAAAAAAACUACAUGCACAUGUGAAAAACAGAAUAAAUUAUAUACCAGUCUAUUGUUAUCCUUAAAAUAUUUAUUUUUAAUAUGAUCAUUAUGAGUCCCUACUUCUGGUGCAGAAUGCAACUUGUUGGCUUUGCAAUGAAAUACACAAGCAGGUAAUUCAGCAUACAGGUCACGUCCCUAUUUACUGAGGUAAAAUAUAGGCAUAGGCACUGCAUUGGCAAUAAAGCCAGGCUUUAUAAAAGUCCUGAUGCAGUGUGAAUAAGGAAGUAAUACAGCGUGUACGGCAAGACUACACAGGUGCAGAGUGCUCGCUGGUAGAGUUGAGCAAUAACAGUUUGGCAAAAGAUCAAAUGCAAAGCUGAAAUGUUGGUUAAACACUCUACUUUUUAAUAAAAAAAUUAAUAUAAUAAAGUGUUAGAAAUGCUGCUAUUCCUCUCAAAAAAGGAAUGCAGAGAACAUUCAUUAGAUCUGCUAUCUAAAUGCAGAAAUAUAAAUUAGUGCAGGGAAACUGUUUUCCCUGUUAUCUAGCAGAACCGGAUACACUAAGAAGAUAAAGUAAUUCAAAUAAAUUACUAGAUUUUUAAUUUUGAAGUGGGCUUCUCCUACUUCACAGAGCCACAUUUCCCACUUACAUUUAGCAAUGGCCUCCUGGCAGUCUCAUUCCUCAGAAGAGCAGGCCACUCCUUCUGUAAUAAAGCCUUUAAAUGAAAGCUAUUAUAUAAAGCAGCAUUCAUCUCCAAACCUUCACUGAGCUACCAACUUGCUCAGAACAUACUUGGAAAUGUAUAUUAUUUUACUAAAAGUAGCUAGAAACUUAACAGGCAAGUGUCUUGCUCAGUUACCUUAUAGGACUCACCAUAAAAUGAACAUUAAAACAUACCAGUUUAACUGAAAGUUAUAGUUCCUUAUGAAGUCAGCAAAAUGUAAUAAAUGACUAAAAAAAUUAAGCAAAAUGCCCUUAACUUUCCAAUUUACUAUGCUAACAGUUUAAAAAUCUCACUAAAAGAGCCUGCUGAUCAAAGCAUAAGUAAAUUCUUCUGAUAAUGAACUCUCUUAGCAUCAGUUCCUGAAAUGAUAAUUUCCCUGCAUAGUAUAACUUGCAUUUGUUUGCAUUUACUUAAGGUCAUAUUUUGUAUGAAACAAAGCAAAGACUGAUUUCUUAUUUUGAUCUGUGAAAUUUGGAAAUACGGCUCUUUUGUAUGACAUUGUUCCUUUUAUGCCCAUCCCCAAACAUUAUGCGGUUCUGCACAAAUUAAGCCAGUACAGUGGGAGCCUUUUUAUAAACAGAAACUGUACUGGAGAUGGUUUGUGCUUAUUAGGCAAUCCCCUCCACAGAUACAUGUGAGUAUGUAUUGAGUGGUGUCAUACUUUCACAUAGCGUUCCUAAAGGUAGCCCAUUUUCUUGAAUGUAUCUCCUUAUAUUAGCAUUAUUGUUCCUUAUUAAAGAGUUGUUGCCUCACAGCAACAGGUUCACAGGUUCGAUUCUCGGCUGGGGUGCCUUCUGUGUGGAAUCUGCAUGUCCUCCCUGUGGUUGCGUGGGUUUCCUCCGGGUGCUCCGAUU